GGGAGACUCUGCUGCUAUGUCAAGUAAUCGUUCCAUGUAACAGGUAAAAGUGGUUUAUUGAAGUGUAGAUUUGAGGAGUGAGGGCAAACUUUUAGUCUGUCUAGCUGUCUGAAGCUGUAACACUUUCAGACCCCAGUCUCUAACCUUAACCAUGUUGCUAAUCUUUGCCUUUUUUAAUUCCCCCCUCCCUUCAAGAUGUUUUUGCGGCACUAACCACUAGAUGGUGCUCUUCUAUUUAGGUAAAGUGAAACUAGUAUUAACUAUAAAUCACCUAGAAAGAGCAUGUUGGAGGCCUCUGGUCUAGGGGCACCCAGCUUUUUAAUUGUAGAAUACAUCUUUGUUCUUUGCCUGACCUGCAGAGUGACAUCACUGCCUUUCUUCCUGUUGCACUGUAGCUGCCUGACUCACAGGCUUUGACACAAGCCAGAUGGCUGCGAUUGGUAGGCGCACAGGCUGCCUGGUACUGCAGUUGAUGAAACAGAAUAGGAAGACGUUUUAUGAUCAGCUGCGGGAGCACAAUAAGACUGCAGCUUUGCUAGGGUCAUGUAGGGAUAAAAAGGACUGUAAGGUGGUCUUUUCCCAGCAGGACCUGAGGAAGCGUCUGACACCCUUGCAGUACCAUGUCACUCAGGAGAAAGGGACUGAAAGUGCCUUUGAAGGAGAAUAUACACAUCAUAAAGCUCACGGGAUAUACAAGUGUGUUGUCUGUGGAACUCCAUUAUUCAAGUCAGACACAAAGUUUGAUUCCAGUUCAGGUUGGCCUUCAUUCUUUGAUGUGAUCAGUCCUGAUGCAAUUACUUUCACCGAUGACUUCUCCUAUGGGAUGCACAGGGUUGAAACAUCCUGUAGUCAGUGCGGUGCUCAUCUGGGGCAUAUCUUUGAUGAUGGGCCUCGACCAACUGGCAAAAGAUAUUGCAUAAACUCUGCUUCAUUGUCAUUCGAGCCUGUGGACAAGAACAAUGCUGGAGAAGGCAGCAGUAGCACCAGUCCUGCUCAGACAGACAAAAGUGAGCUGUAGGACAAAGGGCAAUCUGUAGAAAACUGUUCUUAUCCCACAUGGCUUAUGAAGAAUGUUUUUCCUGAAUUGCCUGCUAUCUUAUAUCAUAAUAAUUUUUAAAUGUGUUAUACUGGUCUGCACUAUCUAUUUUUUUCUUUCUUUGUUGAAACAGGCCUUGCCUACCAAAUCUGCUUUACUGUAUAAUGGAUCUAAAUAUUUGUUGACUGCCUUGGUUUUUGGGGGGUGGGGGAGGGGACACGGGUGGAUUGCUUUGGGGAAUCCUUAAAAUAAGAGGCUUUGACAUCAUUUGUUCUUAGUUUCUUCUUGUUGCUUUGUUAUUAUAGAUCUGAACUAUUUUCCCUUUUGUUAGGGAGAAGGGAAUUGUGGUUAUCUUCAGUCAAUAGAAAACUCUUGAGCAUAAUAAAGGGUGUCUGUAUAUGUGCAAAGACUCUGCUUCAACAUGCUGUAAUUACGUGUUGGAGCAGACUUAAUUAAUCAGGUCUGCUGGAGCA